GAGUUGAAAGCCUUCCACAAGCAUCGCAGAUGCUCUUCUGCGAAGAUGGGAUGGCUUGGCCGCAGUUGGAUGCCUUUCUGGCACGCUGCAAGCACAUGGGUGGCCUGCAUUGCCUCGUCCAGGUUCAGCGCCUGUCGUAUUCCAUGCAGCACAAGCUGGUAGACCGAAUCAAGAGCGGCUGGCUCGGAAGCUCCUUCCGCCUGGUGAUACUCGCCAUGGCGGAGGACGACACUCAGGUGCACGCGCUGCGCGAGAUCCCUCCACAAUCUGCGCAUUCCUUGUCUCCCGAGGGUGUCGAAGACUUCGUUCGAAAGUUGGCGCCAAGCCUGAUGGUCGUGACCUCGGAGGAGGCAGGCUGCGGCAAGACGGAGACGAUCCGACAGCGCGCCUUUGCCCAGCAGAGGGUCCCGGUGACGAUCCCGCUCAGUGGGCCCUUGGAUGUGGCGGAUUUGGUUCGCCGCCUCCUGGAGGUGGAUUGGAAGCCCUUCCAUUGCCUACAUCUUGACAUCGGCCCUACGCUCCAGCCGGAGAUGCUGUCAGACACCCUGACUCAAUUGAGUCUUUGGGGAGUGGUGCAAGCCGCCCAAGCGGACGGAAGCAUAUGUGUCCUACCUUGCAGUACUACCUUCGUGGAGCUUGCAAACCUCUCAACAAGACUGCUUCUCGACCUUCCAUUUUGUCGAUUGGUGCCCCCAAAGAGGGUGCGAUUCGAGAUGAGGGCCUUCCAGGUCUCCGACAAUCCCCGAAGUCCUGUUCAGGCUGUUUGUUGCAUGCUGGAUGCUCUGGAUCGGAACACACUGAACUCUCGGGCACCGAAGAUCGGGGUCACCGCGCUGUCGGAAGCGCGCUGCCAAGAUCUCUUGCAAGCUUACGUGGUACGUCGGAUGCAGCAUGCUUCC